AUGGCAAGUAAAAAAUCUAUUAAAAAUGUAGGACGAUCUAUAGAAAAAUCAAAGAAAACCAUUUCAGAAGAAAAUAUAAAACCAAUAAAAUUUCCUAAAAUUUUAGUUCCAGUUGAGGAAAGGAUACGUUUACCUAAUCUUUCUUUAGAACAAAUUAAAAAUAUUGAAAAAUUUAAUGUUCCAAAAGCUGAUUCUUAUUUCAGAACAGAAUAUCUUACUAAAGAACCUCGUCUUGUUCAAGCUUUGGAUAAUAUACAAGCUUACUUAAGUCAACGUAAAAAAUUAUUGACAUAUUAA